CUGUAGUGAAUCAGUUUUAAAGAUGCGACAACAUGCUCUCAUACAGGGUGUUGGUUUGGUAAUAAAUUUACCACAGAACCGGCUGUUGAUUUCACAAAUAGAUGACUUCUACCUGCUCUUACAGUUCCAGCAGUGUGCAACAUUAUCCUAUGACAGAGAAUCGGACUGGUCCACAAGUGAUUGAAUUCCUUACAAAGCGGGUUCAUGCCAUGGGAGCGACGCAAUCAGGUGCAUUCCUGGUUGACUGCGACACUUACAACUCCGUCCCUGCAUUUGGUGAGUUGCGAAAGCAUUUAACGUUUGUUCAGGGUCUGGACUUUUGCCUCUGUGUUACCGUGUAGAAAGUUACUGUCUCCAGCUUCUAGUUUCCUAGAAUAAUGAUAUGUGUUGUCAGGGACAGGGAAGUUCUGGUCAUGACUUACAAUACUGUAUACUCCACAAAAAAAUCAAUAACAAUAGCAUAUCUGUCAUAUGA